UCCGAUCCGUAUUCUGUCUAGGGUUUCCGUAUUUUCUUGUUUGCUCUUACCUAGCUAGUGCUUGAAAAUGGAGGAAAAUCUUCCUCCUGGAUUCAGGUUCCAUCCAACAGAUGAAGAGCUCAUUACAUGUUAUCUAACACGCAAGGUAUCUGACACCAGUUUCACCUCCAAAGCCAUGGUAGAUGUUGAUCUCAAUAAGUGUGAACCUUGGGAUCUCCCAGGCAAGGCGUCCAUGGGAGAGAAAGAAUGGUACUUCUUUAGCUUGAGAGACAGAAAAUACCCAACUGGACUCCGAACAAACAGAGCCACAGAAGCAGGCUACUGGAAAACCACAGGGAAAGACAAGGAAAUCUUUCGUGCUGGAGUGCUGGUAGGAAUGAAGAAAACCCUAGUGUUCUACAGGGGUAGAGCUCCAAGGGGUGAGAAAAGUAACUGGGUUAUGCAUGAGUACAGGCUAGAAGACAAGCAUCCUUUCAAGUCCACAAAGGAGGAAUGGGUAGUUUGUAGGGUUUUUCAGAAGAGCACAGAAGUCAAAAAACCACAGCAGGAACCAUCCUCUCAGCAAUCUCUAGGGUCUCCAUGUGAUACAAACUCAAUUGUCAAUGAUAAGUUCGGAGAUAUUGCCAAUUCAUCCAGUGGGUUCAGUAACAUUUUAGCACACAGUUACAACAACGAAAGCAAUGUAAAUAUGGACUCGCACAUGAAUUGGGCUGCAGCAAGAGAAGCAGCAACUCUCCCUUCACUCGCAUGGCCUUCAGGAUUGCUAAGCACAAACCUUACAAUGAAUUCCUUGCUGCUCAAAGCAUUGCAACUCAGGAGUUAUCAACAAAGAGAAGCUACAACUACAAAUUACUCGUAUCUGACAAAUGGGAUCCCUCAUGAGUUUGGGGCUGCUUUAGGUUCAAAUUUCCAAGCUUCUUCUUCAAAGGUUUUAGACUCAGCGCCACAGCCACAGCAGGAGCAACCAUUCAGUUUGGACUCCAUUAAUUGGUAAAACUCUGAUUAAAGUUGAAACUAACACACACUUUUCUGUUAAUCUUCAAGAGGGGUAUUCAAAUUGUGACUCAGAACACAAAGCUCAUACCCAAGAAUAAUGCUGUUAUCAUUGUUAAAUGUUGUAGUUAGAUAUUGUACAAGUUGAGAACCUUUCGUAUAUGUUUGUGAAGUACGGGAAAGGUCUCCAAACGUUCAAGUGUCAAGUUGGUGUAGUACUUGUAAUUCAAUGUCGAAAUGAAGGAAAAUCCCUGGUUCUUCGUUCCUGUUA